AACACUAACCUUUCUGUGAAUAAGAGAUUGAGAGUCUUAUUUAAAGGAUCUUGAAAGAGUCCCUCUUGAUUAAAUCAUGCAUCAGAAAACCUUCUUUACAGGAGUUUUUAUGCUCAAGCUCAUAACGUCUUAUUAAAAACGAAGGAUUAAUACAAACAUUUCAUCACACCAGUUUGAGGGUAAAUUGAUCAAAGAAAAAUAAAUAUGGAGGACAAGAAGCUAACUUUUAUUAUGUAUCCAUGGUAUGCAAUGGGACAUCUUACAUCAUUUCUUCAUCUCUCCAACAAAUUAGCAGACAGAGGCCACACAAUUUUCUUUAUUCAUCCUACCAAUACACUUUCUAAAUUGGAAAAAUUCAAUCUUUACCCUCAACUCAUAAACUUCAUAUCAAUCAAAGUUCCACAUGUUGAAGGUCUCCCACUUGGAGCUGAAACAACUUCAGACAUUUCUAUUUUCAAGCAAAAUCUACUUUGGCAAGCAUUGGAUCUUACACAACAAAAGAUUGAGUCUUUAAUUCAAGAACUCAAACCCCAUUUCAUUCUUUAUGAUUUUGCAUAUUGGGUUCCAUUAGUUGCUAGAAAAUAUGGAGUAAAGUCAAUACAUUACUGUUCUAUUACUCCUUCAUCUGUUGGUUAUCUUAUGCGUGGCGAAAAACCAACUCCAGAGGAUGAAAUGAUGGAACCUCCACUUGGUUUUCCUCCUAAUUCAUCUAUCAAACUUCACAAAUAUGAAGCUCGUUUAAUCGCAGCUCUACAUUCGAUAGGGAAAGAAUCUAGUGGUUCCGGCUCAGGCUCAGGAUCAGUGUCCUUUACGCGACGUUUACUUUUGGCUUUUCAAGAUGGGGAUAUCAUUGCAUUCAAAACUUCUAAGGAAAUUGAAGGACCAUAUUGUGAAUUUGUUGAGAAUAAGUUCAAGAAACCAGUUGUUUUAGCCGGACCAAUAUUGCCAGAACCAAUAGAUACUUCAAAUCUAGAGGAAAAUUUGUCUAAGUGGCUAGAAAAAUUCCAAGAAAAGACAGUGAUUUUUUGUGCAUUUGGUAGUGAAUGCAAGCUCAAGAAAGAACAAUUCCAAGAACUUGUUUUAGGUCUAGAACUUACUGGUCUUCCAUUUUUUGCUGCCUUAAAACCGCCUUUUGAAGCCGAGACAAUUGAAGAUGCAUUACCAGAACGUUUCAAAGAGAGAAUAGAAGGAAAAGGGAUUGUUCAUUCAGGUUGGGCAGAGCAACAACUGAUCUUAUCACACCCUUCUGUGGGAUGUUUUGUUACUCAUUGUGGUGGAAAUUCUUUAUCUGAGGCUAUGAUUACUGAGUGUCAAUUGGUUUUAGUCCCAAAUUUUGGUGAUCAAUUUAUUAACGCACGAUUGUUUGGUGGAGAUUUGAGAGUUGGAGUUGAAGUUGAGAGAGAUGAAGAGAAUGGAUUGUUUACUAGAGAGGGUGUUUGUAAGGCCAUAAAAAUGGUAAUGAAUGGUGAUAGUGAAGAGGGAAGGGAGAUAAGAGCUAAUCGCGCAAAGUGGAGGGAGUUCUUAUUAAGCAAAGGGCUUGAGGAUUCUUAUAUUGAUGCUUUUGUUCAAAAGCUACAAACUUUACUUUAAUUAUUGUUUGGAGCAUCAAUCGACAACACGGUGUAUUAAGUUCCCGUUGUGCGCAAAAUCUGAAAAAGGGUCGAACCACAUUGGAUCGUAUGUACGCAACCUUAUAUUUCAUUUCUGCAAGAGGUUAUUUCUGUUUGGAGUAUCAAUACGUUAACUAAAUAAAAAUCCUCAUAGGGAAGGAUAUGAUAUUUCGUUUUCAUUAGUGAGUUAAUUAGGUUGUUUGCUUUUGUUACUUUGAGCUUUAGCUGUGUUCAUUUGUCUUCUCUUUUACUCUCUUGUUUCUAUUUUUAGAAGUUGAUUUAUUUUUCCUACUACUAGAGACUUCUUAAGUAUCAUGGAAACACCAUUUACUACUA